AUGAGCCAGGCCAGCAUAUCAGGAAAGAAGAUGGUGAUAUAUGGGGUUUUGUUUUUUGGUAUGACGCUUGUUAUUAUUAUCAUAGGGUACAAGGUUUUUGAAAAGCAGUCUGAAACUGCUGAGUCGUCGAAUGAGACUCCCAGGGCUGCUCAAAGGGUCAGAAAGAGAGUAUCUGGGGAGUCUAUAAAACCAAUACUUUUGGAUGAGAAUGGGGAUGAGGUACGUAUGAGUUUAAUUUCGAUGAACUGGGAUGACCUAAAGGCCAUAGCAAGAGCAGUGAGUCACGUAUACAAGGAUGGGAAAGGUGCAACGGAAGGAAUUAAGAACUUUAUGAUAGAAAGUAAGACGCUUCGUGGACUGAGUGACAAUAUGAUAAAGGUGAUAAAUGGGCUGAUCAAAAGGAUUGAUAGCUCAAAUACUGGUGAUGGUACAGCAGUGGGACUUUUGACUCAUGGCAUUAUGAUGUUCAAUGAUGAAAAGAUGAAUGCAACUAUAAAUCUAGGAGAGUCUUUGUUGAUGAAGUAUCAGAAGAAGAUGAUGCAGAGAAAAGCAAGGAAAUAA